CGCGCUACCCGAGCGAGAAACGGACGUGUAUGACAAGAUCUCCCUAUUCUGCGCCUGGACGUCCAAACCCAAAGUCAUAGUAAAAUACAUUUAAAAGAGCAAGACAAAGAAAAGGGAGACCGUUUCAGUGCGUUUCAAGGAGGAUUGCUAACGGAUCACUUUGCAUAGGCAACCGCUCACACUCACUGCUGUGAUCAAUGUCGUUAUAACUCAGCCGCCGCUUUCACACAGUGGAGGCAUUGCGUUAAGUUGCUUUCAGAAGUUGGUGAAAGUUUUCAUCCUGGUGAGCAGAUAAUAGGACGGAGAUGUUCAGUCCAUUAUGGGGUUUCUAAUGUGGAUGUAGAAUAGAAAUCUUGGAAGUCUCCGGAUGACCGACGCGUUUUGGAUGUUACCAUUCUUUGGGGCUAUUCUCUGAGAUUCCUUAGAGGCGGUGGCAAUACAAAAAAAAGAAAAAGGAUUCCUCUCAGGUGGCACAUCUGCUAUGUUUGGAUGGAUUUGAUUUUACUAUAACCAAGUUAUCAAGAAAUUGCUGCAUUUUUUUUGUGUGUUUUUUCUUUAUUGUGUCUGAUCCAAACGACAGCUGAAAUUUUAGUACAACUGUACCACUCACCCUCGGAAUUACAAUCAUGAACAUUGGCAGUUUUGUACAAUUAUUAUUUGCAGCGCUGCUUCAGCUUCAUUUUUAUGCAGUUAAGACAGCCCACAUACCCAAGGACGGGGAGAAGAGUAAAAAUGAUGUGGUCCCGUUCAUGGACGUGUAUAACAAGAGCAUGUGUCGGACACGGGAGAUGCUGGUGGACGUCUUCCAGGAGUAUCCAGAUGAGAUUGAGCACACCUACAUCCCCUCGUGCGUGGUGCUCAUGCGCUGCGCUGGAUGCUGCAACGACGAGGCGCUCGAGUGUGUCCCCACGGAAACAAAAAACGUUACCAUGGAGGUAAUACAGGUGAAACAGAGAGUAUCGCAACAUCAUUUUCUGUUAAGUUUCACAGAACAUCGAAAGUGUGAAUGCAGACCAAAGCCAGAAGUUAAAGCAAAGAAAGAAAAAUGUGACAAACCAAGGAGAUGAGAUGAGGAGAGGGGGACAAUGAAAUGAAGGAAUAUUUUCUUGGCACAGCACUUUGAAACCUGAGGACGCAUUCCCUGAAUGGACUGAAAAUUACAAUGAAAGAAGAAAGAGCGAACGAUGGAGAGAGACUGAGAUAGCAACAUGCUGUUGUAUAUUUCUAAGAUAUAUAUUCUAAAAGGACAAUGACAUUGUGUAUUGCUGCUAUAAAAAAAAAAUGAGACAUUAUAAAGUGAACGAAUGCGCCACUGUCUGGCGUGUGAAUUGGACAAAUGUUUAGUUCCCAGGGUGUUUGGGCCUUCGCGUGGAUAGGACUGAGAGUUUUUGUAAUUUUAUGUAACACUUCACUGGAUGUAGGUCUGCUGUGGAUAUGAGUAUCUUAAAUAUAUCUAUAUAAAAAAACUAAGAGAAAUUGUGACCAUAACUUCACUGAGAGGUGCAACGGGAACAGAGGUCUGAGAGAACUGUCAGAAAGCAGAACUACUUCCUCUGUGGGGUUAAGUUUUUGUCACCGCUGUAUCUACUAAUACCAGAUAGGACUCGAUGUGAGAAUAAUUCUAAAGGGAUAUUAAACGUAGGUAUGUAUGGAGACGAGACAAUCCUGAACUUGAUUCCGUCUUCCGCUUAGGAGCAGUGGUAUUCAACUCACCACUGUCAAAAUCAAUAAUCUCUAUUUGCUUUGUUUAAUGUCUUCAUUUGUUUUCCAAAGAUAUAAUUGCACACACACAUUAAAGAAUAGUCUGUUUUAGAAAAAAUAUUGAUCUCUAUAUACUUACCGAAUAUCCCUUUGUCUAGUACAGUACAUCUAAUUUAUAAUGCUAGAAUAUUUUCAGAAUUCUGUGCAUUUAAUUUAUAUAUUUAUAUUCAGUGUUAUGGUUGAUAUUGAUUUUACUUCAAUUUUAAUUUUACUAGAAUGUUAUCACCAAUCUGUUUGGCCAUGGAAAACUGUAGACAUAUUUCUUUAAAAAAAAGAACAGAUAGAUAAACUUCAACAUUCCUGAAAAUGAGAUACUGUAUGUUUUGUUGGGCUAGAGAGGCUGGUAAGCAUGUGUCUGGACUUUGUUACAAACAACCCCUGCCACAAACAUCUUUGUGAAAAGAUGCCCAGCCAACAUUGCAGUUUUAGGCGGGACAUGUGUUUUUGCACUUGAGUGCCCGAAGACACGUCGUGAGGAGGACUGAGGGCGUCUCCCUGACCUUGGUCAGCUUGGGAAAGCUCCACACUGAGAGACUGAGACUCUGGCCAGCCCACUUUAGCCAGAACAGGACUUGGCCUAGUGGGGAACCAGGAGCAUUAGGAGAUGAUGCUCUCUGCCCUUUGAUGAAAAAAGAAACAUUCUAUUUGUAUUUCCAUGUCAGAAAUGCUCUUUUUGUUUGUUGUAUCAUGUACAGACACAUUUUUAGUAUAUUUUCACAUUAAUAUAUUUAUUGGUGCUGUAAAAUUAUCCGUUUUACAAUAGUAACAUAUUUUUUUGUUUUAGUGUAACUAUUAACUAUAUUUAUUUAGAAAAUAUAUUGUUUUUUAUUAAACAGAAAAUGCAGUUCUC